AUGUAUAGCAUGAUGAUGGAGACGGACAUGCACUCCCCCGGGGGAGCCCCGGUGGCCACCAGCCUGGCGGGCCAGACCGGAGCGGGGGGCGGCGGCGGCGGUGGCGGCGGCGGCCCCAAGGCCAGCCAGGACCGGGUCAAGAGGCCCAUGAACGCCUUCAUGGUCUGGUCGCGGGGCCAGCGGCGGAAGAUGGCCCAGGAGAACCCCAAGAUGCACAACUCGGAGAUCUCCAAGCGCCUGGGCGCCGAGUGGAAGGUCAUGUCCGAGGCCGAGAAGCGCCCCUUCAUCGACGAGGCCAAGCGGCUGCGGGCGCUGCACAUGAAGGAGCACCCGGAUUAUAAAUACCGGCCGCGGCGCAAGACCAAGACGUUGCUCAAAAAGGACAAGUACUCGCUGGCCGGAGGGCUGCUGGGCGCCGGCGGCCCCGGGGGCGGCCCGCCGGUGCCCAUGGGCGUGGGGGUCAGCCCUGCCGGCGUGGGCCAGCGCCUGGAGAGCCCCGGUGGCGGGGGCGGCGGAGGCGGCGGCGGCGGGGGAGGCGGCGGGGGCGGCGGGGGCUACCCGCACAUGAACGGCUGGGCCAACGGCGCCUACCCGGGCUCGGUGGCGGCGGCGGCGGCGGCGGCGGCGAUGAUGCAGGAGGCGCAGCUCGCCUACAGCCAGCACCCCGGCGGCGGGGCGCACCCGCACGCCCACGCGCACCACCCGCACCCGCACAACCCGCAGCCCAUGCACCGCUACGACAUGGGCGCCCUCCAGUACAGCCCCAUCUCCAACUCGCAGGGCUACAUGAGCGCCUCGCCCUCGGCCUACGGCGGCAUCUCCUACGGCGCCCAGCCCCACCAGAACUCUGCCGCUGCCGCGGCGGCGGCGGCAGCAGCCGCGGCGGCCGCCUCGUCGGGGGCGCUGGGCGCGCUCGGCUCCCUGGUCAAGUCCGAGCCCAGCGUCAGCCCGCCCGUCACCUCGGCGCACUCGCGGGCCCCUUGCCCCGGCGACCUGCGCGAGAUGAUCAGUAUGUACUUGCCUGGCGGCGAAGGAGGGGACCCGGCGGCGGCAGCGGCGGCGGCGGCGGCGGCGGCCGCGGCCCAAAGCCGCCUGCACUCCUUGCCACAACACUACCAGGGCGCCAGCACGGGGGUCAACGGCACGGUGCCCUUGACGCACAUCUAG